AUGACCGACCCUAAUCGUACCACCUUCUCUUCAGCACUACAUCCUCUAGCUGUGGUCUCAAUGGCCUCCUCUUCCUCAGACGUUUUCGUCUUGGGCUUGGGUGUCGUCCUCGCUGCCCUUUAUAUAUUCCGCGACCAGCUUUUCGCUGCGUCCAAACCAAAGGUCGCCCCAGUAUCCACCACCAAACCCGCCAAUGGCUCUGCCAACCCUCGCGACUUCAUCGCAAAGAUGAAGCAGGGUAAAAAGCGCAUUGUCAUUUUUUACGGUUCUCAGACGGGUACUGCAGAAGAGUAUGCCAUUCGUCUCGCAAAGGAGGCUAAGCAGAAGUUUGGUUUGGCGUCCCUUGUGUGCGAUCCAGAGGAAUACGACUUUGAGAAACUUGACCAACUGCCAGAGGACUCCAUCGCUUUCUUCGUCGUUGCCACCUAUGGUGAGGGAGAACCUACCGACAACGCCGUCCAGCUUUUGCAGAACUUGCAAGACGAGUCUUUCGAGUUCAGCAGUGGAGAGCGCAAAUUGAGUGGCCUCAAAUAUGUCGUCUUUGGUCUUGGGAACAAAACUUACGAGCACUACAAUCUUAUUGGACGCACUGUUGACGCUCAACUCGCCAAGAUGGGAGCUAUCCGUAUCGGCGAACGCGGUGAAGGUGACGAUGAUAAGAGCAUGGAGGAGGAUUACCUUGAAUGGAAGGACGGUAUGUGGGAGGCUUUCGCUACUGCCAUGGGUGUCGAAGAGGGACAGGGCGGCGACUCUGCCGACUUCGUUGUUUCGGAACUCGAGUCUCAUCCUCCCGAGAAGGUUUACCAAGGUGAAUUCUCGGCUCGCGCUCUUACAAAGACCAAAGGAAUCCAUGACGCCAAGAACCCCUUCGCUGCACCUAUCACUGUCGCCCGUGAACUUUUCCAGUCUGUUGUCGACAGGAACUGUGUCCAUGUCGAAUUCAACAUUGAAGGCUCUGGCAUUACGUACCAACAUGGUGACCACGUCGGUCUUUGGCCCUUGAACCCGGAUGUCGAAGUGGAGCGUCUCCUGUGCGUUCUGGGAUUGACCGAAAAGCGCGACGCUGUUAUCAGCAUCGAAUCUCUCGAUCCCGCUCUGGCCAAGGUACCAUUCCCUGUCCCUACUACCUACGGUGCUGUCCUUCGCCACUACAUCGACAUCAGCGCUGUUGCUGGUCGUCAAAUUCUUGGGACAUUGUCGAAGUUCGCUCCUACUCCGGAGGCCGAGGCUUUCCUCAGGAAUCUCAAUACCAACAAGGAAGAAUACCACAACGUUGUCGCUAAUGGAUGCCUCAAGUUGGGCGAAAUUCUCCAAAUCGCUACUGGUAACGAUAUCACUGUCCCACCUACUACUGCCAAUACCACCAAGUGGCCUAUACCCUUUGAUAUCAUCGUCUCUGCCAUUCCCCGUCUUCAACCCCGGUACUACUCCAUUUCCUCGAGCCCCAAAAUCCACCCCAACACUAUCCACGCUACCGUUGUUGUCCUCAAGUACGAGAACGUUCCCACCGAGCCAAUUCCUCGUAAAUGGGUAUACGGUGUUGGAUCCAACUUCUUACUUAACCUCAAGUAUGCCGUCAACAAGGAGCCCGUACCUUACAUCACUCAGAACGGUGAACAACGUGUUGGCGUUCCGGAAUACCUUAUUGCAGGACCUCGUGGCUCGUACAAGACUGAGACUUUCUACAAGGCCCCCAUCCAUGUUAGGCGCUCGACCUUCAGACUUCCCACUAACCCCAAGAGCCCUGUUAUCAUGAUCGGUCCUGGAACUGGAGUUGCUCCUUUCCGUGGAUUUGUGCAAGAACGUGUUGCCCUUGCCCGCCGCUCCAUUGAGAAGAACGGACCUGAUUCACUUGCUGACUGGGGUCGCAUCUCUCUGUUCUACGGUUGCCGCCGAUCGGAUGAAGAUUUCUUGUACAAGGACGAAUGGCCACAAUACGAGGCUGAACUCAAGGGCAAAUUCAAACUUCACUGCGCCUUCUCUCGACAGAACUACAAGCCUGAUGGAAGCAAGAUUUACGUCCAGGAUCUCAUUUGGGAAGACAGGGAGCACAUUGCUGACGCUAUUCUCAAUGGCAAAGGUUACGUGUAUAUCUGUGGUGAGGCGAAGAGCAUGAGCAAGCAGGUCGAGGAGGUGUUAGCCAAAAUCUUGGGAGAGGCCAAGGGUGGAUCUGGCCCUGUUGAGGGUGUCGCUGAAGUUAAGCUAUUGAAGGAGAGAUCAAGGCUCAUGUUGGAUGUCUGGAGUUAA